AUGUCAAAUAAGGAGUCAUCCAUAGAGCCGAUAUCACAUGCUGCUUCAUCAUCAUAUUUUGAAAAACAACGGGACUUAUUGAUACAGGAAAUAUCGAACAAUAUCGAUAAUGUGAUAUAUAAUUUAGAUAUUUUGAAUCGAUCUUUGAACGAGUCGAUCCAAGUGGGGAAAGAGUUUGAUGAUGUAGGAAGGUUAUGGACAAAUUUUUACGAUGGAUUGAGUCAAUUAAAAGAAAGACAACGAAAUCAAGCCGAUGAGUCAGAACCACAAGAAGAAGCAGAUUCUGAACAACCACCAAACGCAGAAGAAGAUGAAGAAGCAGAACACGAGCAAGAGGUAGGUGAAAGUGCCAGUCAAGAACCUGGAACGAUAGAAAGCGAUUAA